AUGACAUUAGUGAUUCUUUCACAAAUAACUACAAAUGAGCCCACAGAGGGUCUUAUUUUCUUUUUGCAUGUAUUGCAGGGUGCUGAUAGCAGGCAGAAGCAGCGGGAAGUGACGGGCCUGGUUGAGAGGAGGCAGUUCUGUAGCUGGCCGUGUAAAUGUGGCGUCCGGCCGCUGUGUGCCCCUGGUGUCAGCUCCAUCUUGGAUGGCUGUGGCUGCUGCAAAACCUGUGCACGUCAGAUUGGGGAAUCAUGCAACGAGAGGGAUGUCUGUGACCCUCACAAAAGCAUGUACUGUGACUUUUCCAAAGACCAGCCACGUUAUGAAGUUGGCGUCUGUGCUUACAUGAUGGGGGUUGGUUGUGACCUGAAUGGGGCUCACUAUGAUAACGGACAGGCCUUCCAACCCAGCCUACUCUACAAGUGCACUUGCAUUGCUGGAGCCAUCGGCUGUACUCCUGCCUUCAUCCAAAAGCCGGCUGGAAUGUUAAGUCCCGCUGCUCUCCAGGGCAGCUUACCAGCAGGACUCAAGAGCAAUCAAAGCCCCAAACACCAGCAGGACACCACCUACAGGACCAUGUCAGCUUACAGGGAUCCUCCCUUAGCCUGGAAGAAGAACUGUUUGGUCCAGACCACACCCUGGUCACCCUGUUCACGGACCUGCGGCAUCGGCAUCUCUGUACGAGUCAACAACGACAACAGCAAGUGCGAGAUGAGAAAAGAGCGCCGACUCUGUCUGCUUCGACCAUGUGAUAAAAAGGCUCUAAAGGGACUUAAGAUGCCAAGAGGUAAAACCUGCAGACCGAAAUUCCAGGCCAGUAAAGCAGAGAAGCUCUCGCUGUCUGGUUGUACCAGCGUUAAGAAGCACCGCCCGACAUACUGCGGCAUCUGCACAGACAAGCGCUGCUGCGUUCCCAAUAAGUCCAAAAUGGUCAACAUAGAGUUCCAAUGCAAAGGGGGAUCUAACUUACGCUGGAAGAUGCAGUGGAUCACUUCCUGCGUGUGUCAGAGAAAGUGCAAUGAUGCUAAUGACAUGUUUUCAGAGCUGCACUUAAUAUAAAACAGACAAAGAGGAAGUACACAAUGCUUAAUGUACUGUAAGCAAUAGCAUAUGGCCAGAAAUACUCUAUGCAAAUAUAUGAACAAAGACAAGUAACUUGUCAACAAACUUCAAUUUUACGGACAUGUGGUAAUUACUUAAUGUUUGUCCAGGCGCUAUUGCGCUAAUAAACCACAGAACUUGAAUGAGACUGUUAUAUUCAACUAUUCCUUUAAUCUGAAGGUGUUGUUAUUCAGGUAGCUUUAUGCUUUUAUAAAAUCUAAUGGCAAGGUUCAAACUGUUGUUUUACAAAUGAGUAGUUGAUUUCAAAAGGGACAGACAAAAGUUGCGUCCUGAAUGACAAAUUAAUUACUGUGCACUUAUACACUAUGUACUCAACCGUGUAGCCUAUGAAUUUCAGUGUAUGAAGGUUAUUUUGUCAUUCAUAAUCAGAGUCCGAUAGCCCCUCCUCUGCGAUGUAAUUAAAGUGUCCAACAUUACACACAUUUUUUUUCUUGGUCAACUGCAUCAUGCAAGUAUUUAAACUACACCAUUUUCUUUCUUUCUUAUUUUUUUAUUUUGAAUUUUCAGUGUUCGCGGUUUAUACUACCAUAUUAGUAUGUGAACUGGGACGCACCGAAAGCAUCCCUUGGGUCAAUGCAGAGAAUGCACCUGUGAAAUCAUCCAUGCAUCAAUGUGUCUGCGUUCACAUAUUUGAGUAGAGUAUGAUUCGGGCCUAAACGCACAACUGUAUAAACACAUUAAAACCAGUGUUUUACUCUGUUUAGAAUACAGCAAGUAAAGAGAACUGGGAGAUAUAUUCCGCCACCUUCAUUGCCAGGGUUGUGUACGUAUGUGUGGGGCGGAUAUAUCAAAAUAGGGGCAAGGUUCUGUUGGGGUACAGUGUUUGUUUUGGUGCUUUCAAAUAUCAACAUCGUUUGUCAAAAUUCGCUUAGUUCACCUUUAAAUGAAGCAAAGUCAUGUUAAUACAUGUCUCACAUUCCUCAUAUCAUGUAUAGCAAAUUCUCAGGUCACAGGUAUUCACCUGGAUGUGAAGAACCUGUAGAGAUUUUGAACUUGUGGGAAAACAGACAUUUAAGACCAUCAGCUACAAUCAGCUCUGAGGUUAAGCAUUGGCAUAUACUUCUGAAAAAGUAAAACGAACAAAUAAAUACAUUUCAACCUUGUUUACAAAAAAAAAGUAUGUGUAUGCUAGCCAUUAUUUUGGAGCAAAGCUCAACCAACUAGAGGUCACUACAGAAACAGGAAUAUUCAUGAAUGAUGAAUAUAUUUUCCUCAACUGUAGAAGUAAUCAGCAAAAGAGAGCAGUAAUGUGGUUCAGUACAGGAAAGGUAAUAAUAAUAAUAAUAAUAAUAAUAAUAAUAUAAUAGUAUAAAUAAUAUCCAGGAAAAAACUAUAUCAGGAGUCAUAUAAACCUGAAGUCUGAACUCCCACUAGUAGCUGGCACAUUACUGUGCAUUUGCAUAAAGCUGCACUCUCCUGAACAACAAAUCAUCAGCUCAUUGAAAAUGAAUGACUUACAUUUUGGGAUUUAUUACAAGUUGCAAGAUGUUUAUUGAAUUUAUUGGGUUGUUUCUGAUUUUUUUUGUUUUGUUUUGUAAGCAUUACAACGUAACACUAGAUACAUUUUAAAAAUAUUAUUACUACUACUACUAGGGAUGUGCACUCUGAAGUGGCAGUGAUUUGGAUUGAAUCUUUUUGCUUUCGAACUCAGCCCAUACACAAGACACCUUCACCCUACCAGCACGCACACAAUACAAGACACAUUCACUAUACAAAGAGUACAAAAAUGGAGUACAAAUGAAUGCAAUAGACAGCUCCAUCUAAGACAGGCUCUUUAAAAUUAAUGAUUCAAAAUACAAGGUGAAUUUUUUUACUCUUGAGUACUGAACUCCCGUCAAGUCAGUUGCAACAAAAAUAGUGUGCACGCUUGUGAUUACGACAACAAUUUGCAGGCUCCCCAAAAAUAUUGCCAAAAAUAUUUUAUAUUAUCCAAUGUAGAGCCAUAUUAAAUGAAGAUACGAGU